AGUCGGAGCAAUGGAAAACAAAGGAAAAUUGACUUUGCAGUGUUCUCCAGGCACGUUCCAAAAAGUGCAAAAUGAUACGGAUAGAAAUAAAGUGGUACAAGAUGCUGCUGGUGACGACUUUUACGAAGAAAUUGAAAUUUCGCAAUAUAGUGCCCUUGCAACUGCGCCAGGAGUAAUUGGCGAUUCUGAUUAUAUACCUAUAUGCCCCCCUGUGGGCACCAACAAGGGACCAGUUAGCGCCGGUACUGAUGAGUGCAUGACUGACUUCGCUACCGACAGUGAGGCAAUAGAUAAUGCGGAUAAAGGCGGAGAAGAGCCUCUCAGCUUUGAGCCCGGGUGUAGCAAAGAAACGCCUGAUCAAAAAACGACUUGGCUUGAUGCUCCCACGAAGUUUUUAAUAUCCAGGGUUAAGGAGUUGCGGCCAAAAGUUGGCAAAAGCGCAAAGUUGAGGAAAAAGCGGCAAAUGUGGAUGCAAAUAAGUAACGAGCUGCGGGAUAAGGGCUAUACUUUCAGUUGGCCACAAGUGGAAACUAAAUUUUUCAGCUUGGAGCGUCAAUAUAAAAAAGCUCAGCUACAUAACUCCAAAACGGGGCGAAAUCGAUAAUUUUGCCCUUACCAAGCUGAAUUGUAUGACCUACUUCAGGAGAGAGUCGCCAUAAACCCAGAAUACCUCAUAGACAGUGAAAGCAGCUGCAGAAGUCUGG